AUGUCUUUCUCUCCUGAUAUACUUAAUAAAAAAUUAAGCUCAUUGCAAGAAACACAAGAUUCAAUUGUGACGAUUUCACAAUGGGUAUUAUUCCAUCACAGACACAGUAAAGAAACAGCAGAGUUAUGGGCUGCAUUCAUCCUUAAUGUACCAGCUAAUGGAUCAACCAAGAAAUUAUCGUUAUUAUAUCUCUGUAAUGAUGUUGUUCAACAAGCUAGACAUAAACGGAAGAUGGAUUUCAUUACAGAAUUUUCAAAAGUUUUACCUAGAGUAUUCAAUAAGGUUUAUAAGACGUUAGAUCCAGCAAUAAAACCAAAAGUAGAUAGGUUGGUCAAUGUCUGGUCUGAAAGGCUGGUAUUUUCUUCGAAUGAUAUCAAAGAAAUGAAGAAAGCUAUUGAAUUGUCAAAAACCAAUAAGCCGAUGGAAAUUAAUGAGAAUACUGGCUCUUCAAGUUCUUCAGUAUUGGAAGCUCCAAAAGCUGCCAUUGCUUCUGACCUUAAAUUAUUGAAUAAUGUAUUUUUACAUAUGAACCAGCUCAUCGAUAUACGUCAAGGAAAUUUGAACCAAGUUGGAAUCCAAUCAAAGACCUAUUUACCUACAGACCCAUCAAUAUCUGAUAAUUUGCCAUCUCCUAAAAUAUACAUUUCAAAACUUAACGUCUUGGAAAAACUAUGUUUAAUGUCCAACAAUAAUAUUGAAGAAAUUAAGAAAGACAGGUUGGAAAUAUUAAAACAAUUGGACAAUUUAAGAACUAUUGUAUCUGAUGGCUUACAAACCGAUGACAGCAAAGUGAAUAUAAUAAAUAAAAGGUUAGAGAAACUUAAUUCUACAAGAAGUGAACUACAAAGUAUAGUGAAUGAAGAGCAACCAGUAUCACAAUCUCGGGAUGAUGAAGAAGAACCAUCACCCGAAUUUGAUGAAGGUGACGAUGACGAUGAUGAUAUGAUUCCAACUUAUGAAAAUGAAGAUAGUGAUGCAGAGGAAGAUCGUCCACCCGCAAAAAAGGUUAAACACUCUCCUGAAUCUUCAGGAAAUUCUACUCCGUCUUCCACUAAAAAAUCGGUUGCAUUUUCUGAAGAUAUAGAAGUUAAAGAAUACGACAGAGAAGAUCAGACUGAAAAUAUUAAGAUUAUUAAAAGCGACGAUGACGAAAAUGGUGAUGGGUUGGAUUACAUAUAUGAUGAUGAUGAUGAUGAUGAUGAUGACAAAAACCCAGUUUCUAUUGACUUCGAGAGACAUCAUAAGGAUGACUUGGAACUUAAACAUGAACAUGAUCACAAUAGUACUGAUGAUGAUGGUUACGACCCUUCCUCACAAGGUGAAGAUACCUCAGAAUCUAAUAGUUCAUCAAUGAAUAAUAGUGUAUUAAAUUUAUUAGCUAAAUUAGCAUAA